CCGACAGCCGAGGGGCUCUUAGCGCAGGCCGCGCAGAUGAUCCGCGACCCAGUGCUGACGCAGGCAUCGCUGCAGUGCGAGCAGGCGUCCUCGCAGGUGCAGAGGUGCAAGGACAGCUUUGAGAAGACCAAGGCGCGCGAAGCCGAGGCGAUCAGGGCUUUGGCCACGAAGGAAUUCAGCAG